GUCAAACAUCCGGAUGGUUGUCAAAACAUGGCUAAUCGUUAGCUUAGCAUCUGUGACGAAGACGAAAUACAGCAUUAAACGAUGGCUUCGUUCGGUUGGAAGAGGAAAGUGGGAGAGAAAGUGUCCAAGUCUGUGGUGCAGCGGUUUGAGGAGGCUGAAGUUUCCCAUUCAGGGAGAAGACGAGACGAAGACGAGGUGGACUGGCUGCAUGCUGUCAAACGCCGUCGGGAGGUGCUGCUGGAAGACUGUGACGCCAAGAGCAAGAGGCUGAAAGAGGAGGGUUCGCUGCUGGCUGAGCAGGGCAGGCACUGGGAGGCCAUAAAGAAGUGGGAUGAGGCCAUUCAGCUGACCCCGGAAAACCCUCUCCUCUAUGAGAUGAAGUCCCAGGUCCUGACCAUUCUGCGCGAGGUGUUUCCUGCAACCAAAGCAGCCGAGAUGGCGGUGAAGCUCCGCCCCUGUUGGUGGGAGGGCUGGCAGACUCUGGGCCGGGCCCAGCUCAACCUGGGCGAGGUCGACCUGGCCAUCCGCUCCUUCCAGGUGGCGAUCCACCUCUGCCCAUCUGAGAGCACUUUGUGGCAAGAAGACCUGGCGUGGGCGCUAAAGCUACAGACACAUAAUCUAGCAACCAAGAAGAAGAUCCAUGAGGAACAAGAGACUGAAAAACAAAUCCUCAGUGCGCCUGAGCUCCAGCAGGAUUACGAUUUUGAGUCUGAGGAGGUUCUGGAUGCAUGUGUGGCGGUUGCAGAGCGACAGACUCGAUACGAGGAGCUGAAACGGACCGCUGUGGUCAUCGAUGCUGAGGGGAAUGUUAAAAACGUCACUGGGGAAGGUGGGUCAGAGGAUGUGGUGAUUCCAUCAGAAGGACAGUUUGUCAAAGCAAGAGGAGUCUGACCUCCAAGAACAUCAGAACUGGAGAGGAAUCAUGAGACACUAAUGGGAAAGGCCCUUGAAAUAAGAUGACUGAGGGAUUCAAAAUAAAAAAGAGAAUAGUAGAGGAAGAGCUAUAUCUAUUGUUAUGCUUAUCAUGGCAAUGUUCUACGACAGCAGUGAUGCAUCACCAAGAAAGCUGCACCUUGGACAUAUCUUCUUGGACUGGACGUUCUUGGACUGGUUUCUGUAUUGAGUGAAUGUAAAGAUAGAUUGAGAUAAGAUGACCAGCACAAAGCUGGAGGUGACUUGUCAAAUGAACCAUUGUUUGGAUUGCUCUUGCACGCACUAUUACACAUUUAGAAUCAAUGUGUUCAGUGUUGAUUUCCUUUCUGUUUUUGUCAAGUUCAUCUCCACACAUUUUCUCCCAUCUGAAUGCAAAACAGCUGCAGUCACUACUUUGGAGACCACGAGACUAAUGGAGUUCAGAAAUGACCUUUUUUUUUUUUUUCUUCCUCGACUUGCUCCAGUUGUGCUGGAGCUCUGUAGGGCGAAGGAGCAACAGAAUUAAAUUAGUUUCUAAAAAUGAGGCCCCCUCAGGAGCUACUUGAUGAUGCAGCUGAAGCAUAAACAUAAAAGCAGCAGUGAGGGGUGUAGUGAGGGCCAUCAAUUUGAUCACAUUUGCAUGUGUCGCUGGCCGUUGCUUUGCAUAACGCAGGAUUGUACUUGUAUCUGUUGGAGUCCGUCCACCCUCAGUUGUCCACCGUUUUGCAUUGUCAGGGCGGAUUUCUUUCCCAAGGAGGAAAGAACAAAGAGGAGCAGUCAAAUUAAGUAUUGUCCGCUGAAGAAUGGGGAAAUUAAGCAGGUGUCAAGAGCACGCGGCUGAGUGAAAAAACAGAUGGAAUGCGAAAGAGGCGUGUUGUUGUUGGGUAAGUACAGAGUUAGGAAUGAAUGCCACAGCAGUGCCCAACAGCUCAGAAAGCAACACAAAGGCAGGGGUCUCGCUACACCAUGUACAUCUCCUGCAACCAAUGGUGGGUAUGUUUUUCUGGACUAAACUGGGCAGUGCCAGGAAACACCUCAGUCGUGCACCCAACUGUGACCACCCUAACUGACCAGUUUGAGAAGUCCACAUUAGAUCCGGAGGACGUCUGGUUUGAAAUGGAUAACUAAAGUUGACAUUGGGAGGAGCUUCUGAGUGGAACUUAGCGUGUGCUUAAGUCUUGUCCUUUCCUGGUUUAAAUGUACCUCUUCAAUUUAAAAGCUAUUGUUUUCAUUCAUGAGUCAAUCCUUCGUCUGCGGUGUUAGUAGAAGAACUGUGAAAGCAAUGAACCGUGAUGCCCUUCGUUUUCAUUAAACAUGCUGUUUUUAUUCACAAGUUGAGCCAUCGUAGUGCUGUGUUUGUGUUGGUUCUCUUUCCUCAAGUCGCCUUUGGUCCUCACUUGCACCUCCUCUGACACUGUCAGAAGUUCCAAACUUUCACUUCCUUAGAUGACUUUUGACCUUGUGUUUAGACCAUUUUGUUCAGUAGAGGGAUGGCGGUUGUAACCCCAUGACCGAGUGGUGUGUAGAAGAUUUGAGGUAUGGAAGUGAAAAAUGUGGCUACACAUGUUUGCACCUCAUCCACAUUGGAGCUGGUUAUAUAACUUGAAGCUGAAUAAUGAAGCUCUCCUGUGUAUGUUUAAGGAGUGUCAAGUCUGUGUGGAUAAAUUAUCUGACAGUUUCCUGGUCAAGAAGAGGAGGCUGUUAACCGUCUGAGCCUGAUCAGUAGAUCUUGAGGAGGAUUUGUGAAGGAGAAAGACUGGUGCGUAUCGGGGCAAUUGUUUUACUUGG